CCGAAUGCGCGCGCAACUACCUCGAGCCACUAGCCAGCGCUAGAACGCAGACACCAAGCCAAGACCCAAAAAUCCCCACACUUGACGAUAAAAAGUAAUCCUCCAUUUCAUGCAGCAACUGUAACCAAGAUUUAAGAAGCUCUCAUCUUACAGGUUUUGCAUAGUUUUCGUUUUGUAAGCAGACCCUUUUCGAAGAAGGAGAAGCUAUGGCUGCAGCUUUGGUAGGAGGGUCAAUUCUCUCUGCUUUCCUUCAAGUUUUGUUUGAUAGAAUGGCGUCUUGUGAGGUUUUAGACUUCUUCAAGGAGCGAAAUCUCAAUGAAAGGCUGCUUAAGAAGUUGAAGAUUAUGAUGAUAUCUGUCAAUGGAGUGCUUGAUGACGCAGAGGAGAAGCAGGUUACUAAGCCAGCUGUGAAAGAGUGGCUCGAUGAGCUUAAAGAUGCUGUGUAUGAAGCUGAUGACUUGUUGGAUGAGAUUGCUUAUGAAGCUCUGCGGUUGGAGGUGGAAGCUGGAUCACAAAUCAUCGCUAAUCAGGCGCGCAGCACUUUGUAUUCUAGUAAAAGGGAGAAGGAAGAGAUGGGAGAAAAGUUGGGAGAGAUCCUUGAUAGACUUGAAUAUUUAGUACAACAAAAGGAUGCCCUUGGUUUGAGGGAGGGUAUGGGAGAGAAACCAUCAUUCCAGAAAACACCAACAACUUCUUUGGUGGAUGAUAUUGAUGUUUGCGGUAGGGAUCAUGAUAAGGAAGCUAUAAUGAAGUUGUUGCUAUCUGAUGUUUCAAAUGGGAAAAACUUAGAUGUGAUUCCCAUUGUUGGUAUGGGUGGAAUCGGUAAGACUACUCUAGCUCAGCUUGUCUACAAUGACCGCGGAGUGCAGGAGUCAUUUGAUCUCAAAGCAUGGGUCUGUGUUUCAGAAAAUUUUGAUGUUUUUAAGAUAACAAAUGAUGUCCUUGAGGAGUUCGGUUCAGUGAUUGAUGAUGCCAGGACUCCAAAUCAGCUUCAACUAAAGCUAAGGGAGAGAUUAAUGGGGCAAAAAUUUCUGCUUGUUUUAGAUGAUGUUUGGAAUAAUAGCUAUGCUGAUUGGGAUAUUUUAAUGAGACCUCUAAAGUCGGCAGUACAGGGAAGCAAGAUUAUUGUCACAACACGCAAUGAAAGCGUAGCAUCAGUCAUGUGUACUGUUGCAACUUACCGUCUAAAGGAAUUAACCAACGAUGAUUGCUGGUUCUUGUUUGCAAAACAUGCAUUUGAUGAUGGAAAUUCAUCCCUACAUCCAGAUUUGCAAGUAAUUGGAAGAGAAAUAGUGAGAAAAUGUAAAGGCCUGCCGCUAGCUGCAAAAACACUCGGGGGUCUCCUUCGCUCCAAAAGAGAUGCUAAGGAGUGGAUGAAGAUAUUGAGGAGUGAUAUGUGGGAUUUACCAAUUGACAACAUUCUUCUAGCUUUGAGAUUGAGCUAUCGUUAUCUCCCAUCGCAUCUAAAACAAUGUUUUGCUUAUUCUGCAAUAUUUCCUAAAGGUUAUGAAUUUCAGAAGGAGGAAUUACUAUUUCUAUGGAUGGCAGAAGGUUUUAUAAACCAACCUAAAGGAAACAUGGAGUUGGAAGAUUUGGGUGAAGAGUACUUUCAUGAUCUCGUAUCAAGGUCAUUUUUUCAACAAUCAAGUGGCUAUACAUCGUCAUUUGUUAUGCAUGACCUAAUAAAUGACUUAGCAAAAUUUGUUUCUGGAGAAUUUUGCUGCAGUUUAGAGGAUGACAAUUCAACUAAGAUUAGUAAAAAGGCCCGUCAUUUAUCGUUUGCAAGAAUACAUGGUGAUGGCACUAUGAUACUGAAAGGUGCUUGUGAAGCCCACUUUUUGCGUACACUUUUGCUUUUCAAUCGGUCACACUGGCAGCAGGGGAGACAUGUUGGCAAUGGGGUAAUGAACAAUUUAUUUCUGACAUUCAGGUGCUUACGGGCACUGUCUCUGUCUCUGGAUGAUGAUGUAGUUGGUUUGCCUAAUUCAAUUGGUAAUCUGAAGCAUUUGCGAUACUUGAAUCUAUCUGCAACAUCAAUAGUAAGGUUGCCUGACUCUGUGAGUACUUUAUAUAAUUUGCAAACAUUAAUUUUGCAUGAAUGCAAAGACCUCAUUGAGUUGCCUACCAGCAUGAUGAAAUUGAUCAACUUAUGUCAUCUUGAUAUUACAAAAACAAAGUUACUAGCGAUGCCAUCACAAUUAAGUAAGCUAACAAAACUCCAAAAGUUAACUGAUUUCUUUUUGGGAAAACAAAGUGGGUCAAGCAUCAAUGAGUUGGGGAAGCUCCAGCACCUAAGAGGAAUGCUCCGCAUUUGGAAUCUUCAAAAUGUCAUGGAUGCUCAUAAUGCAAUAAAAGCCAAUUUGAAGGGUAAACAACUGCUUAAGGAGUUGGAGUUAACUUGGAAAGGUGAUACUAAUGAUUCAGUGCAUGAAAGACUCGUACUGGAGCAAUUACAGCCUUAUAUGAGCAUUGAAUGCCUUUCAGUUGUUGGUUAUACGGGUACUAGAUUUCCAGAUUGGAUAGGAGAUUCCUCGUUCUCAAAUAUAGUUUCCUUGAAGCUCAUUGGCUGUAAAUACUGCUCCUCCUUACCUCCACUUGGACAGCUAGUGUCUCUGAAAGAUCUCCUGAUCAAAGAAUUUGGUGAAAUCAUGGUUGUUGGUCCCGAGUUCUAUGGAAGUUGCACAUCCAUGAAGAAGCCAUUUGGAUCCCUUGAAAUUUUGACAUUUGAAGGGAUGUCAAAAUGGCACGAGUGGUUUUUCUGUUCAGAACAUGAUGAAGGUGGAGCUUUCCCUCGCCUCCAAAAGCCUUACAUAAAUUGUUGUCCACACCUAACAAAAGUCCUGCCCAACUGUCAACUUCCCUGUUUAACAACACUUGAGAUCAGGGAAUGUCCACAGCUUGUGUCUUUACUUCCAAGGAUUCCGAGCUUCCUUAUAGUAGAGCUGGAAGAUGAUUCUCGAAAAGUGCUGCUAGAGAAAUUGUCUUCUGGGCAGCACAGCCUCAAACUUGACCGACUGAAGUCCCUUGACUCCCUAUUAAAGGGAUGCUUGUCCACUACAGAAAAAAUUCUAGUAAGGAACUGUGAUUCAAUUGAGAGCUUCCCACUGGACCAGUGUCCUCAGUUAAAGCAUGUUCGGAUCCAUGGAUGUCCAAAUCUCCAAUCCCUUUCUUCACAUGAAGUAGCUCGUGGGGAUGCCACAUCUCUUUAUUCCUUGGAAAUCAAGGACUGCCCCCAUUUGGUAUCUUUUCCCGAAGGAGGAUUAGCUGCUCCAAAUAUGACUGUGCUUCGGUUGCGGAACUGCUCGAAGAUGAAGUCACUGCCUGAAUAUAUGGACUCCCUUCUCCCAUCCCUCGUGGAAAUUUCUUUAAGAAGGUGUCCAGAACUUGAGUCAUUUCCAAAAGGGGGAUUGCCCUGCAAAUUAGAAUCACUUGAGGUCUAUGCUUGCCAGAAACUCAUUAAUGCCUGCUCAGAAUGGAAUUUGCAAAAACUUCACUCUCUUUCACACUUAACUAUUGGUAUGUGCAAAGAAGUGGAAUCCUUCCCUGAAAGUUUGCAGCUUCCACCCAGUCUCUGUUCUCUUAAAAUCUCAGAUCUCCAAAAUCUGAAAUUGCUGGACUACAGGGAACUUCAACACCUUACCUCUCUUAGAGAAUUGAUGAUUGAUGGUUGCCCUAAGCUCCAGUCAUUGCCAGAAGGACUGCCUGCCACUCUUACCUCUUUUAAAAUAUGGGCACUUCAGAAUCUGGAAUCUCUAGGACACAAGGGAUUUCAACACCUCACUGCUCUUAGAGAAUUGGAGAUUGAGAGCUGCCCCAUGCUGCAGUCCAUGCCAGAAGAACCAUUGCCCCCCUCUCUCUCAUCUCUAUAUAUCCGGGAGUGUCCUUUGCUGGAAAGUAGGUGUCAGCGAGAGAAGGGGGAAGACUGGCACAAGAUUCAGCAUGUUCCUAACAUACAUAUCUAUUCAUCAUGCUGAGUGUUGCUCAAUUUCGAAGGGAAAGGAUUCAGACUAAUGCAUUUUCAUAUAAGGAAUAUCUAGAUGGUGCUUCUGCUUGGUAUGUGGAGUGGUCAUGCACUAAUUGGAGGCUUAUGGUGAGCAUAGUAUUGAUAUUGUAACUGAUUUCAAAUCCGGUUCAGAAAUUACACUUGAAAGACUGAAGCUCAGGCACAGGAUUUUGUGUUAUCAACUAUAGUUGAUGGUCAUUUCUGCUUGGAGUGUUGCCUGCUGAUUCACCUUUCAUUGGUUAGCCCGACAUAUUUUGGAGCUAUAUUCCAGUCUUCCAGAGCUUCCCUGAGUUUUGAGGCCAAUCCAUGUUGCAAUUCCAAAUUCUUUCUCAGUUGUCUGACUACGUUGAAGAUGAAACAUCAUGUAUGGCUAAGCUUGAAUGGCAAUUCUGGAGAGACAGCUGACCACCUGUAAGUGAAAGAUGUGACUGGAUAGCAAAAACAUCACAAGCCUUAGCAGAGCGCCAUUCCUUGAUGACAGUAAAUUUUGUGUUAUAGUAUGUGGCUCAUAGGGAGAUUAGUGGAAAUUACUAAUACCUCUUGUACAGCUAGGGUUUACUAUAAAAUACAUAUUAUGCUAACCUAAUUCGACGUAUAGUGAAAUAUAGCUUCGCUCAUGUGGAUGGAGGCACAUUGCGGAUGUAGGCACAUUGCUGAACAACGUUAAAUUUGUGUUAUUUCUUGUUUUCUCUCUUUUGCAAUAUUCAUCUUUAUUGCUGCAGGUUUCAGAACACUUGAAUGUAGUUAAAUCUGCAGAAAGUCUGUCCACGCUGUCAAAACAUGAGCGUAAACAAAAGCUGACAAGGCCAUGUUCAGAUUUCAAGAAAAAAAGGCCGUUACCACUGCGGCUGAUAAGAGUUUAACGUCCCUCAAUUUUGAAGGUAUGAAUCAUACCUUGUAAAUGGGAUUCUGAGGUAGGAGCUCGUUUUCAACUGGGCAUUCAUCUCUCAGAACUGAGGCUUCAGAAUGAGCUUUCGCAUUUUCAAGAGCAGCUGAUAAGCAAAUGUUGUUAUGUGUUGAUUCAUCUAGUUUAGUCCCACAGCUAUCACAACAUAUGUUCAGAAAGCAAGAUGUAGCAACAAUGAAGUAACUCUCGAUCUUUCCAUGUUAGUUCAGGAAUUUGUGUCUUGUAAAUUAUAAUGCCGUGCAUGUCCUAGGAUUAAGUUCACAAACAUGCACCAAAUGAUGUUUUCUCUUGUACUUGAUUUGCAAGCAUGCUUUAUUUCGAUGGAUGACAGUUUCUCCGGGGGAACUGCCCUCAUGUGUUGGAUUAAUGUUAUCUUCUGAUC